GCGACAAUGGAAGAUGCCAUUAGCGCUGCGCACAAGAUGCAGCCAGGUUGCUUCGAGAACACCUUACUUUCGCGAGGCGCGGUACAGUUAAAGCCAGGCGAUGCCCUGCAAGCUGCCUCGUACAGCUUGGUGAGCUAUGAUUCCUUGGGAAAUUGCCCGCUCAAGAUCCCACAAACAGAACACCGUGGCAUCAAUCUGCAACAAUUGCUCCUGAUACUGGGGUUCAUCAAAGACCACGGACAUCUCUGGGUCGAAACGUUCUCGGGAAGCCCCGAUUUUGAGCAGCCGUUGCACGCAGACACCUUCAACCUGUAUCAUACGAGCGCGUGGAUAAUCAAACCAGCAACCUUCCGCUUCACUUGCAGCUUGGUCGAGCUGCUGGCCACAGAUGCAGAAGCUCAAUAUCCACGCUGGUUCGUCAGCCACGCGUGGCAGGAGGCGGUGUGUCGCUUCGUCGCCUGCCUUCAGCAGCAUGCAAGUCUUCGACAUGCAGCGGAUUCCGCGUAUUGGAUUUGCGCUUAUGCCAAUAAUCAGCACAAACUUCAGGA